AAUAAGGCAAGUUCGACAUACUUUAUAUAGUAACUAAAUGCAUGUACAUCAUAAGAGAAAAUGGAGCCCCAGUAUUUCAACACAUCUUCGACAUGUCCGGCUACCCGGCAAUAUGAUGAUGAUGAUAUGUGGAAAUGUGCAGACUGCGGGUUUCGCAGUAGUUCGGAUGACCUGCUAUGCCAAGGUUGCUUCUCAAGUCGCAAUGUACAAACAGUGUGCUAUAAUAUAGGAGCCGAAAGUGAAACUCGACUAAUACUGAUUGGAAAGACUGGAACUGGAAAAAGUGCUACCGGAAAUACAUUGCUGGGGAAGCUGGCCUUCGAGUCGUCGGUGUCCUGUGAAUCGGUGACGAGGGUAUGCCGAUUAGGGACUAGCACGCGAUUUGGACGCACUCUAUCGGUGGUCGACACCCCUGGGUUGUUUGAUACAGGCCUUGAUAACGACUCCAUUACUAAGGAGAUUCUGAAGUGUGUGGGGUUGUCUGCCCCUGGUCCCCACGCUAUACUCCUAGUAAUUGGGAUAGCUAGAUUCACAAAGGAAGAAUGUGACGCUGUGAGGAUACUUCAGCAUGCAUUCGGGGAGGAAAUGAACAAGUAUCUCAUUGUAAUAUUCACACGUAAGGAUGAACUCGACAGAUGUCUGAAGACAAAGUAUGACCUAGUGAGCAAAGCUCCACCACAACUGACAGCUAUUUUGAAAAGCUGUGAUUUUCGUUUUCUGGCAAUAAACAACUGUGCUAAAGGGGCAGAAUCUGAUCUGCAGGUUCGGAAUCUUUUGGAAAUGGUUGAUGAUAUGGUUUCCAACAACAAUGGCGAGUUCUACAGAAGUAGCAUAUUUAUCCAGACAGAAAUGGUUCUGAAAGAGAGAGAAAAGGAAAUAAGAAAACAGCGUGUACUUUCGGCUAGGAUGGAACUAAAAACUUAUCAUCAUACACUUCAACAAGAAUUAGAUUCGAAUCGACAGAUGCAAGAAGUAUAUCGCAAAGAGCUGAGAAAGCAUCAAGAGUUACGAAAUAAAUCAAACGAUUUUCUGCAAACCACAACAGCAAGACAGGCUGCAAACAGGCAAAGGCAAGGUGAAGGUCGCACGGCAAGGUCGGACGUGUCGACUUCGUCAGAGGAGCUUUAUGAAAGGUUGCAAGAUUGUGAAAAGCAACUUAGUGAACUUCGAAACCAUGAAAAGAGCAUGAUAUCUUCAAUGAGGAUGUCCCUUUUAUCAAGAGAGCAAGAGUUAAAACAGAAGCUAGAAAAAAUGAAACAUGAAGUGCGCAGCACAGUUAGAGAGGAACUAGAAAAUGAAGAUCGCAAUAUUCUUACACGAAUUUGGAAAAAGAUCAUUACUCAAGGACAGGGCUUUGUUGAUAGAUUCAAACGGAUUUUUCAAUCAAAAGGAACAUGAAAAGCGUAGUUGUACUUUGUAUUCCCUAUUACAUGUACAUGUAGACACUAAUGAUUUACUCAAUGAAAACUUCUCAUCACAAAGGAAGUUAAAUAUCACUUGUUUUCCGUAUUAACGAUUUCAUGAAAUCGAAAACUGCAACAUGUCAAACUUACUGUGACGUUAUUAAUGACAAAAAGGAAUAAUAUCAAGGAUUGGUGGAUGGUGUUAAAUAGUAUGUUAAUGUGUAAUUAAAAAAGAAUGUGUUACAAUGUGGAUUAGCUAAUGAUGUUCGUGGUAUUGUGUAUUGCAGUUGUAUAAGAUUGGCACAUCCUGUGUAGAUUUGUGUAAGUGUUAGAUCUUCAUAAUAUGUCAACAGAAUCCAAUUAUUCAAAGCAUAAUUAGCUUAGAAAUUCUUUAUCUAAAAUUUACAGAGUGAAUCCACUUUAAGAAUAUCUAUAAAAAAUUAAUCUCUGUCAGAACACAUUUUGAACGCUUACGAUUUUAUUUUUUUCCAAUAUUUUUAGAAACAUUCCAGGCCCUAAUGGAUUUGCGUUAUCUGAUCGAAGAUCCAUUCUUCCUUGUCUAUGGCAUGUAUUCAUAUUUAUUUUUAAUGCACUAUCGACAUUAUCUAAUUACUGAACUAAAAUCUGUAUACGUUAUGUCACUGUUUCAUAAUUAAAAUUGAUCGAAAUACAAUCAA